UCCCCCUGUCUUCCCUUAGCCCCUGCAUUAACUCUUCUGCUGGGAGUAGCUGGGUGGGGAAAGGUCAGCCCAAUUACAUAACCCUGUGGCAGGGACCCCUGGAGAGGCUGCAGAGCAAGUGCUCAGCCCCUCCCUCACCACCACAAGUGAAAACCUGUGACUGGAGCCCAGCCUCGGGUGGCCCAGCAUGGAGGCAGCCACAGCACUGGAGGUGAAAGACGUCAGCCCAGGCAAUGCUGAAGAACCCCAGACUUCACCUCGACAGGGGGCCAGGAGCCCCAUUUCCCAGAUCCUGUCCCCUAUAGAAGAGCACCCCAAGAUCUGUCUACCUCGGGCCCUGAGGCAGACCUAUAUCCGGAAGGUUGGAGAUACUGUGAACCUACUAAUCCCAUUCCAGGGCAAACCCAAACCUCAAGCCAUCUGGACACAUAAUGGCUGUGCCUUGGAUGCUAGUCGUGUAAGCGUGCGGAAUGGGGAACGGGACUCCAUCCUCUUCAUCCGAGAAGCCCAGCGUGCAGAUUCGGGUCACUACCAGCUCAGUGUGCAGCUGGGUGGCCUGGAGGCCACUGCCACCAUUAACAUCAUGGUGAUCGAGAGGCCAGGACCUCCUCAGAGUAUCAAAUUGGUGGACGUUUGGGGCUCCAAUGCUACCCUGGAGUGGACACCUCCCCGAGACACGGGCAAUGCGGCACUCCUGGGAUACAUGCUGCAGAAGGCUGACACAAAAUCUGGGGUGUCUCAUUCACGGCAUCUUCUUGGGACCCUGAAGCUGUGGUUCACGGUGCUAGAGCAUUAUCACCGCACCAGCUGCAUAGUCUCUGAUCUCAUCGUUGGCAACUCCUAUGCAUUUCGAGUUUUUGCUGAGAACCAAUGUGGGCUCAGUGAGACAGCCCCCAUCACUGCCGACCUUGCCCACAUCCAGAAAGCAGCUACUGUUUACAAGACCAAGGGGUUUGCCCAGCGAGAUUUCUCUGAAGCCCCAAAGUUCACCCAGCCUCUGGCAAACUGCACUACAGUCACUGGCUAUGACACCCAGCUCUUCUGCAGUGUCCGUGCCUUUCCCAAGCCAAAGAUCAUUUGGCUAAAGAACAACAUAGAUAUCCAAGGCGACCCCAAGUACAGAGCUCUCACAUGCCUGGGAAUCUGCUCACUACAAAUUCGCAAGCCUGGUCCCUUUGAUGCAGGCAUCUACACCUGCAAGGCGGUGAACACCCUGGGGGAGGCAUCUGUGGACUGUCGUGUGGAUGUGAAAGCUCCUGAAUGAGGCUCCGUAAGAGGCAUGGGCAACUCUGAUGAAGGAAGCCUGACUGUGGCGACAUUCUUAAGGAGCUCCAGCACAGCGUCUGGUUUGGACUGGUCUAAAUAAAUGUGUGGAUCCUCGUG